AAAUUUGUAACUUGACUAUCAUAAUAACACCACUCGCUCCAAUUUUGGGUUCUUUUGGUUCUGCAAUGAGAGCUGUUCAAUGUAUAAGACCAGAACGUGCAAUUAACGAAUUAAAAUUACCAACAAUUUUUGAUUCAACUACUACAGAAAAAAUACAAAUUCAAAAAAGUCCAAUAUCACCAAAAUUAAAUAGACUAAACUCAUGGAGGGAUUUCGAACCAAAAUUAGAUAAAAAUGAAGAU